CCAAAAUUGCAAUAAGUUGAGAAAACGACCUAUGUGGGUUUAGGGUUUCAUCCGAUACACAUAUAUAUACACACACACACCCCUAUCCCCUUUCUCCGUCAUUUUCCGUCAACCGGCCACCACUCGUUUCUCCGUCGACGUCAAGAUGAAUGUUGAAAAGCUACAGAAGAUGGCUGGUGCUGUUCGCACUGGUGGAAAGGGUAGCGUUAGAAGAAAGAAGAAGGCCGUGCAUAAAACGACUUCAACUGAUGACAAAAGGCUACAAAGCACUUUAAAACGCCUCGGAGUAAACCAAAUCGCUCAAAUCGAGGAAUUCAACAUUUAUAAGGAUGAUAAAGUUAUCCAUUUCUUGAACCCGAAAGUUCAAGCUUCUAUUCCUGCUAACACUUGGGUUGUUAGUGGUACUCCCCAAAUAAAAAAUGCUGCAGAAAUUCAACAACCAGACAUCACUCAAAUGCUCAGCCAGUUGGGGCCUGAGAAUUUGAAAAUGUUAGCUGAACAAUAUCAGAAGCAGGCAGCUGAAGCUGGCAACCCUGCUAUGGCAACAAUACAAGAAGAUGAUGAUGACGUUCCUGAACUUGUGCCGGGUGAAACUUUUGAAGCUGCGGCUGAGGAAGGACCCAAACCCGAAACUGCUGCUGAGGAAGGAUUGAAACCCGAAGCAGCUGCUGCUGCUGAGGAAGGACAGAAAUCCUAGAAUCGCAUGUGAGGAUACUCUUUUAUGUUCUAUUUUUACGUAUGAAGAAAAAAAGGGUAGGAAGGUGCACAGUUAUUUAUGUUCUUUUUGGCUUUAAAUACGUGGGCUUUGCCAUGCGAUUAUCAGGUUACGGUUGAUUUCUUUUUUUUUUGGUUGGAUUGUGGUUUUUUUUAAAUGAACACCCGUUAUUUCAUA